AUGGAGUCUAUCCAUUCUGCAAGCUCCCCUGGCUAUGAUGGGAUUGUCAGAACAAACAUUCAAAUCAUCCGAGGCAACUUGCAGAGCAUCGAAGCCAAUCUGCGAAACUUGAACCGCAAUUUUAUCUCCCGGAGAAUUGUGGAGUCUCUGCACGACAAGCUUAAGCAGACCUUUGAGGUCAUUUUGCAGACUGAGACAGCCUUCAAGUCGUGGCUGCAAGAGCAGCAGCAAAACGGAGGUUCGGGGAAGGAGGCCAUGGACAAGCAACGAGACAAAUUUCUGUUUGAAAAGCUUUUUGCACACUUCCAAGCAGAGAUCAGGAGGGUGCAAGACCUGUCCGAUCAAGUCCGAGCCGCCGCUGAACGAGCGGCCGACCCGACUUCUUCGCAGGGAGUUGAAUCCACGGGUGUCAUCCUCGAUAUGGAAAAUGCUGGGGCAUAUGCGGAUGCUGACUCCGAUAGUUUGUUUAUUUCCGAAGAUCCCCGAGAAAUCGCGGAAUUCGAUUUUGUCUCAGAAAACGACGCACUCCUCUCCCGUGCAGUAGCAGAAGAGAGGUUUCAGGGGAUUCGUCGCAUUCACGCCCAAGUGUCACAGGCAAACCACAUCUUCAAAGAUCUGGCCAAUCUGAUCUUCUCUCAAGGGGAAACUCUUAAUUCGAUUGAGACACAAAUGCAAGACGCUCAUGCGCACUCCAAAGCUGCAACAUUGGAGCUCCGCCAGGCGAGCCGCAUGCAGCAGCGCUCGAGGCAAAGGUGCGUCAAGCCCCAAUGCGUAAUGUGGCUGCAACUGUGCUGGCAGCGCUUGUACCGCCACGUGGUGUGCCUUUUUGUACAUAUGUGCGUUUAA